GAGAGUAGCAGUACCUUCCGGCGUGGUGGAGUGAACGAGCCAUGGGUCGAUACAGUGUUUUCGUGUUUUGCCUUUGUAUUUUCGGGGCCGUUUCGUCGGCGGAGGAUCGGAACGAGAACGUAGGUGUACGCGACGUUUUGAAAAUUUACAGCGAGUGUUGGAAUUCGGACGGGUUGAAACCGUGCCUGAAGAUGAAAGCGGUCACGCUCUUGGAUAGGGUGGCGAGGAUGCAGAAAAUUAGUCUGUUCGAGGGGGUCGUUUUCCAAAACAAGGAGGUGCCGAGUGCUCCCUUGCUCACCAAAGAACAACUCGAGGAGACCCUGCCGAGGGCUCUGGACGCCAAAGAUCAGACCUUGACGAAAAUGAUUUUCGACAAAGUGAUCGGGAUCGUCGGCUCGGGUACCGUCGAGAUUUCCAUGCCCAAAAUGAUCGAAGAAGCUCGUAAACACGAAGACGACAAGUUCGACAAGCUGACCGAGCUCUUCGGCGAGGACAAAAAAAUGAAGAAGAAGAAAGACGAGAAAACGCUCAAAGACUUCCUGAUGGACGUGAUGGCGCACAAGAUCGCCAUGAUCCCGCUCCUGAUCGCAGGUCUCUUCGUGCUGGCCCUCAAAGCGCUGACGUACGCCAAGAUCGCGUUCCUGAUCGCCGGUAUCAUUUGGGCAAAGAAACUGAUCGCCUCCAAGAACCAAGGUGGAGGACAGGUCCAGCACGUGCACGCAUCGGCCGGGUGGAACGGCGGCGCCGGAGGGGGAUGGAACGGGGGCGGGGGCGGAUGGGACAAGAGGUCCUUGGACGACGCCCAAGCAUUAGCGUACAAAGCUUACAAGCAGGAAUGAUUUUUCCGCUAAUUCGGCCUGUUUUUUGGGCCAGAGAGGAAGACAUUUAAUUCGGUUGUUACCAAAUCGCCUAAACGAUUCGAAAAUUUAAUUUAUUUAAUUUAUUUUUUAUUAAAUAAAAGUUGUUGG